AAGAAAUUGGCAAUUGGGUGUGGGUAGUGUGGUAUAUAGCGGAAGUAGAAGCGUGAGGGUGAUCCCAUAUCAUAUUCCUGCAGUCGGUAGAGCAUAAGAAGAAAUCCGGGUUUAUUAUUAAUAACUACUCGUACUGCUACUGUAUUUAGUAAGUAAAAUAAAAAAGAGUGGGUUUUAUUUAUUUAUAGUAAAUUAAAUUAAAUUGGAGCUCCAGAUUACGCCACCCACACGAGUGAUUGAAAGUGGCGAGUGCGGCGGCGGUGGCGGUGGGAAUGGGUGUGUUCUGAUAUCAAUCAGAUAUUCCGAUGAAAGGCGGUGGCGCAAAUGGAGCAGCGGUGUCGCAUUCGACGAAGCGACGAUGGAAAGGGUUCGUAAUAGCAGUAAUGGGCCUUGUCAUUCUAUCAAUGCUCGUUCCUCUCGUGUUUCUCCUCGGUUUUCACAAUGCUUUCCACUCUUCUUCUGCUUCUCUUUCUGGAUCUGAAUUUCCGUCUCAACAACAGUCUUCUUCUUCUCAGCAUGAUGGUGUUGCUCUUGGAGCUUAUCUAUCCCACAACCCCAACCCCAACCCCAACCCCAACCACACCAUGGAUCAGCAUGAAGAGACAAGACAUAUCGAAGAUCUUAUAGAGAGAUUGGCACCUACACUUCCAAAGGAGCGUGUUGGAAAACAAGAUCAUGAAAUAUCUGCCCAAGAUGGAUUAAAUCGACCCAUCACCAAAGCUCCUAUGCAUGUUUAUCAACCUAAAGGAAGCCCUGGGCAUCGUGUGGAGACUGAUGUCCGUGAAGCCUCUCUAGAAAGAAAACAGAGUGUCAACAUCAGCAAACCCAUUGAAGUGCGUCCGCUAGCAAAAGGUGAUGAAAGUGAAAUUCCAUGUGAAUUGAGGUUUGGGAGCUAUUGCAUUUGGCGUCGUGAGCAUAAGGAAGAUAUGAUGGACUCUAUGGUGAAAAAGUUAAAGGAUCGGCUAUUUGUUGCUCGCGCAUACUUCCCGAGCAUUGCCAAGCUUCCUGUGCAUGAGAACUUGUCAAGGGAGUUGAAGCAAAAUAUACAAGAUUUUGAGCGUAUAUUUAGUGAAGCUUCUACGGAUGCUGAUCUUCCCCUACAUGUUGAGGAUAAGCUGCGAAAAAUGGAAACUGCAAUAGCUAGAGCCAAAUCAGUUCCUGUGGAUUGCAACAAUGUGGACAAGAAAUUUAGGCAACUUGUUGAUCUAACUGAAGAUGAAGCUAAUUUCCACACGAAGCAAAGUGCCUUUCUUUAUCAACUUGCUGUCCAGACAAUGCCAAAAUCUCUACAUUGCCUGUCCAUGAGAUUAACUGUUGAGUAUUUCCACACUUCCUCUGAGGUUCUGGAAGAUUCAGUGACAGAGAACUAUAUAGAUCCAAAAUUGUAUCAUUAUGUUAUCUUCUCCAAUAACAUAUUAGCAUCUUCUAUUGCAAUUAAUUCCACAGUUGUACAUGCUAAAGAGAGUAAGAAGCUGGUUUUUCAUGUCCUGACAGACAGACAGAAUUUUUAUGCUAUGAAGCUAUGGUUUGUCAGAAAUAUGUUCAAGAAAGCCUCAAUUCAAGUAUUGAAUAUUGAAGAGUACAAUAUAAUACCCGGUUCCUCGUUACCCGAGGAAACUCGUAUUACCUUUCAAUCUCACAAGUUUCCAAAGAUGCAUUAUGAGACGCAAUAUGUUUCCCUAUUUUCUCAUGCACACUAUUUCCUUCCGGAAAUAUUUAAAAAUUUGGACAAAAUUGUUGUUCUUGAUGAUGAUGUUGUUGUUCAGCAAGACUUGUCAGCAUUAUGGAGAAUCAACAUGGGAGGGAUGGUCAAUGGUGCUGCUGAGAAUUGUGCAGUAAGGUUGGGUCAGCUGGAGAAUUAUCUAGGUAGAACCAAUUUCAACAGAAAUUCUUGUGCCUGGAUGUCUGGAUUGAACGUGAUUGACUUGGCUAGGUGGAGGGACCUUAAUCUUACUGGAACAUUCAGAAGAAUGGUAGAAGAGCUUACAAUGAAAAGUAGACAGCAUGAAGCUACUGCAUCCAAGGCUAGCUUGCUUACAUUUCAGGACCAGGUUUAUGCGCUUGAUGAUACGUGGGUUUUGUCAGGUUUGGGUCAUGAUUAUGGCCUCAAUCUACAAUUUAUCAAAAAAAAUUCAGUGUUGCAUUAUAAUGGGAACAUGAAACCUUGGCUUGAGCUAGGCAUUCCUAAAUACAGAAGUUUAUGGUUUAAGUUUUUGAACCGAGAGGAUCAAUUUUUAAGUGAUUGCAAUGUCAUUCCUUAAAGGUUACAGUAUUCUUUUGCCUUAGUUGAGGAUUUAGAAGAAUCCUUUGCUGCUAUGACUUCCAAGUUCCAACAUGCAGCUGCGACUCUUGUGAUGGGCUUGUUGGCAUGCUAUAUUCUUUCAUAGUUGAAAAGACAUGAAAUAUCAAUGAUUCUUUCAAGCAACAGAAGAGCUCCUUGUUGAUCAAAGAGAGAGAAAAGCUCUGUAUCAACACAAAUUGCCGGGAUUAAUGACUUGGGACAUGCUUAGCUUAUGAUUUCAGGGAUCCCGGGGACAUCAAGGGAAUAGGUAUAUAUCUUCUUUUUAGGCAGGUUUCGAGUGAUAGAAGGUAAAUCACAUCCAAUCCAAUGGAUUGCUAUCCUGAGCAGAUGUGUCCUGUGUGUAUGUCUUAGUGUUAAUUUAAGUGAUGGGUGGACUAAGAUAACCCCUUUGUUCACUAUCAUUUUUAUCUGUUUGGAUUUUGAAUGUUGCUCCCCUGAUUCAUUCUCCAUUGUUUGACUUGUUAUCAAUUAAUUUUUCAGUUGGCGUUCUUUUUAGAAGCAAGAGUUGGAUUGUUGUUAAUAGUUUUAUAAUAUUAUUAUCUUCCUCCCAACUUAAUUACUUAUUCCA